GUUAUCCUCAACAGAGAAUCAUCUUGAUCAGCCACCUCCAGCCCCUUUUAUUCAGUUGGUUACUCGACUUUGUGAGGUUUUGGGGGUCUCUCAUAUGGCAUUUGACUCUACUCCUUUCUUGUUGGCAGAGAGGACGGAUCUUCAGCUUGGGCGGACCAUCAACAACAGCAUCAGUGACUAUCCCAUGGGUCGGGGAGAAAAAUUACAUUACUUUCUGGACAUCUGUAGGUCUUUCACAAGGGAUCCAUGGGUACACCAUGUUCUGGCUUCAGGGUUGAUCAUUCAGUUUACAUCACCUCCACUAUUAUCAGCACAACCUGUUGCCUUUUCAACUUCAACAAAUCCAUGGCUAGUGAAACUUUGUUCCCAGGCCAUAAGAGGGUUUGGAAUCUUUUCUCUACUUCCGAUGGCACUCUACAUCAGGGCUCUGGAUGAACAAGUUCGAUGUUACCAACGCUUAUCUCCAUAUUCCCAUAGCGAAAUCUUCCCGGAGAUUUCUCAGAUUUGUGCACAAGGGUCAGGGAGCAAUAUAGUUGAUUGCAAUUGGUGGUUGGGUCGGAACAACACAACUAUUGGAGUACCCAUUCCACCACCUCCACCCAAUAUUCAUCUGUUCACAGAUGCAUUUUUUCAGGGAUGGGGAGCUUAUCUUCAAGGUCAGGAGUUCCAGGGUAUUUGGACGGAAGACGAGUCUACCUUUCAUAUCAACAUUCUCAAUCUCCUUGCAGUACACUGGGCAAUGGGUCAAGGAGGAGAAAACCAUAUAGCAAUCAACUUGAUUGUUCAACAUGUUCAUACCCAGUUACAGCUUAGGGGAUUGAAAUUGAGAUCUAAACUUGCCCACACCCAUAUUGGCCAACCACUCCCAAACACGCUGCACAUAAUGCCUUCCACACCUCAGAUUUUGGGCAUGCAUACUUUUAUCAGAAACUGUGAGACAUCACGAGACGAAUUCAUUUUUUAUUCAAAACGCCUUAUGAGGUUGUUGAUAGAGUAUGCUCUCUCUUUACUUCAGUUUAGAGAUGUAAUUGUGGAAACCCCUCAAGGUUGUACUUACCAUGGUAAAAGAAGUACUGUUCAAAAGAUUUGUGGAGUAUCCAUUAUGCGUGCAGGAGAAACAAUGGAACAGGCUCUCCGUGAUUGUUUGAAAGAUGUGCGAUUGGGUAAAAUUUUAAUCCAAACCAAUUUAGACACAGGAGAGCCAGAGUUGUACUACUUACGUUUACCCAGGGAUAUUAAAGAUUAUCAGAUUAUUUUGAUGGAUGCGACAGUUGCUAGUGGUGCUGCAGCCAUGAUGGCAACACGGGUAUUGUUGGAUCAUGAUGUUCCAGAAGAUAACAUUCUGUUCUGUUCCUUAUUAGCUGCAGAAUCAGGUGUUCAUACAAUUGCCUAUGCUUUUCCAAAAGUCCAUAUUGUGACUACAGCAGUUGAUCCAGAAGUGAAUAAAAAAUUUUACAUCUUACCAGGAAUUGGUAAUUUUGGUGAUCGAUACUUUGGCACUGAGGCAUCGUAGAGUAGGAGCAACAUUCUGUUGAAAUAAAAAUGUUCCAUCCCAUAAAUGUAGGAGAUAAGUUUACAGUUUUUUUUUAAGUAGUCACAGAAAAUAAUUUACUAAACUCAUACAACGUGUGUUUAAAAUCUAGUCUUGCCAUGUUCAACCAUAGCUCUUAUAAUGCUAGUUUUGUUGUUUACACAGCAGAUAUUAUAUAUAUAUAUAUAUGAGAGACAGGCAUAUUUGUUUUACAGUUUCUUUAAACC